AUGUCCAAGACCUGCAUUCCAAUGUUCUUGCGCUUCGAGGCGCCGCCGGAGCCCCCGCACCGCUUCGGGCCGGCGGCGGCGGGAGCGUGGUGCGACCUGUGCUGCCGCUUCGUGCUCUCGCAGGGCCUGCGCUGCGCGGAUUGCAGGUACACCUGCCAUGCUCACUGCCGAGACCUGGUGCACCUGGGCUGCCGGCGGAAUGGAAAAUUAAUGGACUGCCUUGCUCCACAUGACACCUUAGAAUCAUCUUACAGCAGCGGUCAGCUGUUUGGGUCAGUGUGUGCCUGACAACUGAUACACGAGAGAUGAGGAUUCAAAUGCUAUUUUCAGCAUCCAUCAUCCACUGGUUUUGAGGCAGCAACUGUUUACAUGCAGAAAACCUGGAAUAUUUCCUGUUGGGUCAUUUUCUUUACGCACGGCUGUCCCACAUGCACAGAGCAGACGGAGCUGCCACAGGAAUCUGCAAGGUGAAAACUAAGCUGCUUCCUGAAGCCUGUGAGAAGAGGCACUCCAGGAGCCAACCUAACACACUCAGCCCACUGGAUCAAAGCAGAG